CGUGAGCUGCAUGACUCAUGCGUUGCGUACUUUCGCCCUCCUGGAGAGGACAUGAUAAUUCGGGAUUAACACCAACUGUAAGUAUUGGAUGACUAUUGACGUUCAACGAGGGAACGAGGUUGAGGGUAUGUCUUGAGGGCAGCAAAGCUUGAGUUAUCAGAAUUAGUUGCCUUCACAAUGGGGGAGACAUCAAACAACUCGUCGCCCAUCUUGUCUCUCUACAAGUCUACAGCCACUCUCCCGUCGUUUUCUGCCUCUCAUAUCUUUCCGAACGAAGGUGGAGCACGCGUUCUCCUUGUGUCUACAGUCAGAGAUCUCGACCGCAACACGCGAACAAGGCUCUUUACAGAGCUUGCCGUCACCGACGAUGGCAAGAACAUUCAAGAAGGAUUCAGUAGUGAAGUUGCAGACGGCACAGAUCUUUUGAUUGGGAUGAAAGAUGGGAAACGAUGGGUAGUAUUGAAGAGCGUACCUGAUAAGGAAAAGGGGAACAAUGGGAAGAGACGGUUCGUUCAGAUCUGGCAGUCGGGGAGAAUCGUGAAAAGCAUCGAAGUAACCGAGAAACACGGAGACUUUUACACUGACGACACUUUCGGCUCCAUUGCACUCUCUUCUACGGAAUCUACCGUCGCUUAUGUCGCGGAGAGAAAACUUCCAGACCUUAAAGGUCCCGACAAGUUCAAAUUCAAGCCAGACUGGGGGGAAAAGUUCACCAAGAAAGCAGCGCCGGCAAUUGUCUUAUGUAACCUGGACACAGAAGAAAUUACUGUGGUGAAGGAUCAAGAGGAUUUGGCUGUUGGACAGGUCCUAUUUGGUCCGAACGAUGACAGUCUGAUCUUCUGGGGGGUGAAAACGCAUCCCAGACAAUAUGGAAUACUGUUUUGUCCUAAUCGAUUGAGCGGAAUCUAUCAAACAGGCAUUAAAGGCGAAAACCUCAUCCGCAUUAGUGCUGAGGACGAAUCUGCUCGGUCGCCUCGCUUUGACAGUGCACGUAAAACACUGUUCUACAUUUCUAACCCGAUCGGUGGUCCUCACUUUCCCUGUGGGGAAUUAAUAUCGUAUUCAUUCGCUGAUAAGUCGAGGAGGAUUGUGCUUCCUGAAGUAGAGAAGCCGGAACCCACCGACUUUCCGGGUUUGUUCGUCGACCGAUUUGCGCCAGACGCGGUUGUGGGGACAGGAGAUGCACAGUGGAUCAUUACCCACACCAAUUGGAGAAGCCGGAAAACCGUUAUUGCGGUGCAUGCGUCAACGGGAAAGGUAAUCGACCUGUGCCCAAACGUGGAAACCGGAUCUUGGACGUUACUAGGCGUGAAGGAGAAUUGGGUUGUCGCCGUCAGAAGCGAUCCAGGGACACCACAUGAAGUGCACAUCGGAAGGUUGCAAUUCACGGCAACCUCGGCAUCCAUCACACUGCACCUGGCGCACAGUCCUUCCCCACCAGUUGAGCCACUCAUCUGGCGUACCAUCACGUACGAUUCUAGAUCUCCCAUCUUGGAGGCCAUACUGCUGCUCCCAAGUUCGACACAGUCGAAAACAGUUGUCAAGGGUGAGAAACCGCCCCUCCUUGUCUAUCCCCACGGCGGUCCGCAUGGAGCGUUCACAAGUGAAUUCAGCAUCUACAACUACUGUUUGGUGCAACUGGGGAUUGGAAUCAUUCUAGUGAAUUAUCGUGGCAGUAUUGGGUUUGGGAAGGAUGGCGUCGAUUGCCUGGUUGGUAGAGUCGGUGACAUGGAGGUUGAAGAUACGCAGUUUGUUGCCGAACAAGUUCGGACGUCUGGAGAGGUUGACGCAGAUCGUGUAGCAAUAUGGGGCGGUUCUCACGGGGGUUUCGUCAGCGCCUGGCUCAUAGGGAAAUAUCCUGACUACUACAAAGCAUGUGUCCUUCGCAAUCCGGUCAUCAACAUGGGCUCCAAUCUUGCCCAGUCUGACAUUCCUGACUGGUCCUUGGCUGAAGCGGGUAUUACCUACAACCUGGCCCAGCCGCCACUUACAACUCCGGAAAUCUAUUCGAAGAUUUGGCCCAAAUCUCCUAUCUCUGUUGCACAGCAUGUUAAAACGCCUUCGCUCCUUAUGCUAGGAGAGAAUGAUCGGCGUGUACCACCUUACGAGGGAAUGAACUGGUACUACUACCUGAAAGGGCGAGGCGGAGUUGAUAUUAGGGUAAUGACAUAUCCCGAUAAUGGACACGCUUUAGACGGUGUGGAAGCUGAGAGAUUUGGUUUUGAGGCUAUAGCUGAAUUUUUGGUAGAGUUUAUAGGGAUAAAAUAGAUAGGACGGUUAAGUAAAUAAGGGCACUCGUGAAUGUAGAGGUCAUGACAACGGAGGAAGCAAGUAAAUGCUGAAGUGCACGGCCGCUGAUAAUAGUUGAGUCUGUAGCCCAUGCUGGCUAAUAAGCCUGAUGUCUGACAUGUGCAUGAUCAGCUUACCUAAUACUAAUCAUAGUAGUCUCAGAG